AUGGAGCCUGUUUAUAAGCGAUUGAAUGCAGAAAUAGAAAAAGCACAAGGUAUCCAAAAAGAAAUACAGAAGAUUUUCCAGCUCCAUCGUCAGUUAUCUGCCCAACUUUCUGAAAAUGAAAAUGUUAUUGAAGACUUUGGAUUAUUAAAUGAAUCCAAUGCUAUAUACAAACUUGUUGGUCCAGUUUUAGUCAAACAGGACUUAUCUGAAGCUAAAGAAACAGUCAGUAAAAGGAUAAGCUACAUAACAUCUGAAAUAAAACGUCACGAUGACAGGAUAAAAGAACUGGAAAAACAGCAGGAGAAUUGCCGGGAACAGAUAAGCAAAUUACAACAAAAACUUCAACAAGAACACACAAAAGCAGCACUAAAGGCUUAA